GAGGAAUUAACUCCAAACACGGCAAAGACUCUGAUCAGGACGAGUUUAUCGAAGUUGAAGAUUCCAACGAAGAAUUCAAUACAAACAACGUGCCGAAGGCGUCUGGCAGUGCACAAACCGCCGAGGAAGAUGAUGAAAAUCAAACAAGGUUAACAGUCAGGAUUCCCCCCUUUUGGCCAAAAGAACCGGAGAUUUGGUUCAUGCAGCUUGAGGGACAAUUCGCUCUCUGUAAAGUUACGGAUGACAACGCAAAGUUCGCCUACGCUCAUUCACGAAUUGAACCGAAGCUUACUGACUCUCAAAACCAGCGGAUUCGUCAGUUGCUGGAGCGAGAAGAACUUGGUGACCGGAAACCAUCUCAGUUCUUGCGACAUCGCACGUUGGCAGGCACAGCUGUUUCAAAGGAACUCCUUCGCACGCUUUGGCUUGGACGACUUCCUUCUCAAAUGCAGGCAAUUUUAGCAACGAGAAGUGAGGACAGAUUAGAAGAUAUUGCAGAGCAAGCAGAUCGGAUACACGAAGUGAAUAAUAGUAAGGCACUCGUACUUGCAACUUCAGUACCUUCUGCUGAAUCUACGCAGAAUGCUUUGGAGGAGAAAAUUUUAACACUCACUAAGCAGGUUGCGGCACUUUCAACGCAGAUGACAAAAGUACUUCGCUCAAAUCGAUCAAGAAGUCAUCGAUCAAGAAGUCGUUUCAAACAAGAAAAAUCUGAUCAAAAAGGUAUAUGCUACUACCAUCGCCGAUUCAAAGAAGAAGCACGAAAAUGUACUCAACCCUGCUCUUUCAAAACAACAAAAAACUCGGAAGGCAGUCAUUAA